GGCUGUAAGUGGCGCCCCUUUCCCACAUUUCACGAUCGCUACCCGGAAGCGCUUUGAGGAGGAAUGCCAGGGUGACAUCAAUAUUGACUACCUGCACCCAGGACAUGCGUCGAUCACAGUCUCUGGGGUGGCCACCCCACUCUCAUUGCCAAACUAUUCGACCACGGUGUCCCAGUUUCGCUCGCCCGACAGAUCGAACGGAUAGAGUGGGAUAUGGACUAUGCAGGGCUGCAGCUGUGGAAAUUAGAUGACGAUUGUCUGGAUUGCUCCGAACGCAUGCGCGCGGUGAUGCUGAAAUCGGAAGAACGACUAGAUGCGGUACUGGCCGACAUAGAGUAUGCGGCCAAUUCCAAAGAAGACGGGUAUUCGCUGUAUGAGAUGGCAACAUUCAUGGAGUGGCGUGAGGGGUUGGAGAGGAUCUUCCAACGUGGCGUGAAAAUUGAGGCUGGCCUAGAACUGCGACCAAAUGCUCAAAUGGUAUACGGGAGAACGCUGCUGGAAAUGGCGGUUUCGACCAGAAAUGUCGAUAUUGUCAACUUCUGGCUCGAAACAAGGAGACAGGUUGCUGAUAUGGCCGAGUUGGAAAGUAUAGGGAGUUUAGAGUCAGCAUUGGAUCGAGCCGACAGCUAUAGCAAGAAGGGCAUGAGGGACGCGGUAUUGCUGGAGCUGGUGAACCAGAGAAGAUCGCUAAGGCAAUUAGCUGACAGGUAUUUGCUCCCCGGCGAGUACACCCCUCCCUCUGAAGGAGCUCUUCUGGACUCGCAGGCACAAGAGGUUAUUGACAUGUUGGUCAAACGAGGAGUAGAUGUCAAGAAGUCUCUUCGGCCUGCCAGACUAUCCGUCUUCCAUCAGGCCGAUCCGAGUAUCGACAUUUUGGACAUGCUAUACGAGGCCGGGUUUCGCGAUACAGCUCCAAAGGAGGACAAGAGAAUGGUUUCUCCCCUGCUGUGGAUGCUCACAUAUGAGCGUCGACGUCUCAGAGACGGCAUCUUUAACAUUGCAGAGUGGUUCCUGAGGCAAGGGUCAACGCUCACAGAACGUUGGCCAAACUCAGGACUCACAGUGCACCAUUUUAUGGCGUGGAGGCGCGGCCAAGAUUGGUUUGAGGCCCAACCUGCUCAUGUGGAUGUGCCUCCAUGGAGCUAUCUUGUGGAGAAGGGCUUUAGAGAUAGCUGCCGCUGUCUAUGUAGUGAGGAAGGAUGUGGAUUUCUUACGAUGCUCUGGAAAGGCAUGGCGUAUGAAGAUAUGGAGUUUGAGUAUGAGGAGGUACGGAAGAAGGGUGCAACACAAAGCCAACUCGAUGAGCGGAUUAAUACAAGACUGGAUGCGCUGGCCAGAUGGAUCGAUGCGGCAUUCCAGGCGGAGAUGAGAGAUGCUCAGCCAAACCAAUGGGAAGAAGAGACGAAAUACGAAAAACGAUGGUUGGGACGGCAAUUCUUCCGCCUUGCAGCCUUCGAGAAGCUAGGACUUCGACAUACAUGCUGCAACCCGGGGAUGCUGCAGCAUGAUGGUCGGCCAAUUGUGAGCGAGGACGAGUCUGUGGAGCGGGAGAAGCAAAUAGGCCCCCUCGACGAAAAUCCAGAGAGAAUGACUAUAUUGGAAGAGGACGAAGAGACGGACGAAACCUGCAUGCUUGGAGUUGACACGCUCCUUCGCUCCAGAUUGGAAAGCUUGACGCGUGCUCUCGACGGGCUGUAUGCAGGACGUCCAGGAUCUUUGCCGGGAGCGCUUGAAGAUUUUCUCUGGGUGCAUGCCAUGUUUCUGAUAGAUGACGAAAUGGAGCGGGUGAGGGCGGAGGAGCUGAAAAUGUUCGCUGAGGGAAGGCGGGAGCUAGGGAUUUUGAUGGACAUGGAUGAGGAUACAGAGACUGAGUCUGAGGAUGAGGUAGAUAGUGAUGUUUGGGACAGCGAAGAAGAGUAAACAAGGAAGAUAUAGUGAGACGCUACGCAGCCUUGGGAAGAUACACGUUCUGGAUACACAACAAAGGGAACCGGCGAUCGCGGAACCCAUUCAAGCAGCGAUACCGUGUUUCCCGUCAUGACACGAAUAUUGAGAACGGAA